AUGCUGUCGGUGCGAAAAGUAUCAGAGGUGUCAGCUCCGUCAACAUGUAACUGCCUUCUUCCAUUCGGAUCUGCAAAAUAUGGGAAGCAACUGGACGUUAUUGCCGGAUGCUACGAACAUGUGAGAUCGUCGCAUGAAUCUAUUCAUGGGGGAUACCGUGGUUUUCUCACCGGUUACGUGUGUGAAGUAAGCGAUGAACUUGGAACUUCGUUACAUGAGAAGAGUUUGUCGCUGGACACGGUUGCAACAGUGGAAUUACCUGGUAUUUUUGAUCUCACUACUUCUUAUGACGGAACUCGCUUGAUGGCGAGUUGCACCGACGGCAGUGUGCGUCUCCUAAGUCUUCAAGACGGGUCCUUUAACGGUGCCAUUUUCCCCAUACACAACACGAUGCUGACUAGUUGCAGCCCUUUCUACGCUUCCUCUGAGGUCGGAGUGAGCCAGGACAAGUGGCUCUGCACUGCUCAUCAGGGCGCUGUUGUGGUCUAUGAUCCAGUCACAAAGAAUGUUAUCAGUACCUUAGAAAAACAUGAUUACGAUGCAUGGUGUUCCGCCACUAUUGGUCCUGAAACAGCGCUCUCUGGUGGGGAUGAUGGCCUCCUAAAAUGGCGUGAUAUACGAUGUGGUGUAAACGCUGUGGGUCGAAUGCAAUUUGGGGCCGGAGUUGUGUCGGUUGCUCCUGUCGCUGAAGCUGGAGUUGCAUCCACCUACGUCCUAGUCGGAUCCUACGAUGAGGGGUUGUAUCUGGUAGAUUCGCGAUCACAAAAGCAACCAGUUAGUUCCAUUGGGUUGGGUGGUGGGGUGUGGCGCUGCUCGCGUCAGCUGUCUAGCGAAGGAUUGCCAACUGCGUCAGAGUCAGCGAUGCGUUAUCAUCGCUGGGUGCAACCGCGCAGCACCCUCGCUAUUCCAGUUAUGCAGCGUGGAGUGGCGUUUGUCAAGUAUAGCCUCGCUGCACCGGAGGAAGACACAUUUUCUUUCCUUGGACACCUUCACGACGAAACAGGCACCUCCGAAGUUGCUGGAUUGCCCCCAAACGCUCUUUUUUAUGAUUGCGCCUUCCUGCCUCGAGGAUCGCGCCCCAGCCGGGGGCUCUCCGACGAUACCGCGUCGGUAGUUACAUGUGACUUUUACAAUAAAAAGAUUGCGCUGUGGGAGGUGUCUGGGCUCCAAGGCGACGCCUAG